UACGCGAGAGGCCCAGCCUAGCUCUUGCCACUGUGUUGCUUGUCCAAUGCGGUGAAAACCUUGAAGAGCUUGCUGGCAGCAAGAACCGGAACAAUCUUAGAGGCCGAGCGAAUCAGAAAAACAAAAACAGCGACCACCCCCCGAUCGCGGGAGAACUUGCCAAAGCGCCCCACACAGAGGGAACACCUAAAGGAGAGGACUUGGCCAGCGAAUUAAUAGAGAGCAAACUUGUAGCACGUACGGCACGGACUACCUGGAUUCGAUAAGCCAGCACUUUGACCAGCAAACGGAUUGAGAUUGCAGCGGGCUGCGCUGUUUCAGAUAUUGGCGAAACCGUCGCG